UUUUUGUCUAGAUCAAAUUCCAUCUAUGGUCACAAAAUCUCUGUCAUAAUUUAUUUGCAAAAGAUACCUCAAAAAUUAGUCAUCAGACUCAGAGAGAACAAUUACACAAACCAAUUCGCGUUCGCUUUUUCUCCAGAAAGACGAAAACUGAUUGAAAACACAUGCAAGAUUAAAAUAAAAUGGUCGAAGAAAAAAGAAACAGCGUGAACUCCUUGAGGCAAGUUCAAAGUCCACUGGACAUUAUGGACUUCCUUGAACGAAACGUGAUCGGUGCAACUGCCCCGACAUACGGUCCCUUCGGCACCCGACAAAUAACGUACGCGGAUUUCACAGCGUCAGGCCGAUCACUCCGUUGCAUUGAAGACUACAUCCAGUUUGAAGUGCUUCCCUGGUACGGGAACACUCACACUGAGUCAUCUUUCUGCGGACUCCAGACGACAAUCCUUCGCGAGGAAGCACGAGACACAAUUCGAAUGUCAUGCAACGCACCAAAAGAUGAAUACGCGGUGAUUUUCACAGGCAGUGGGUGCACUGCAGCAAUGCACAAAAUGAUCAACGUCCUUGGCAUCAGCGAAAACAAUCCGGCCAUUGUGUUCAUUGGACCUUUUGAACACCACAGCAAUGUUUUACCAUGGCGUGAGAACAAGCACGUUGAGCUCAUCAGAAUCAAUUUCAAUAAAUUCGGCGAAUUUGACGGAGAUCAAUUGGAAAACUAUUUGCAGAAAUACAAAUCAGAUCCGAGAAGGAAAAUCGGUUCCUUUGCCAAAUCGAGUAACGUCACAGGGGUGUUGACAGAUUGUCACAGAGUUGGUACUUUGAUGCACAAACACGGAGGAAUUGUGAUGUGGGAUUAUGCUACAGGAGGACCUCACCUGAAAAUUGACGUCAAGGGAGAAGACAAGGGAUACAAAGACGCCGUGUUCAUUUCUGUUCACAAAUUCCUCGGAGGCCCCCAGACACCAGGACUUCUGAUUGUUCGCAAGUCACUGUUCGAAAACAUAGUUCCACACAAUUGCGGUGGUGGAUCUGUGCUCUAUGUAUCGAGAACUAAACAAAGAUACUUGGACAAUAUUGAAGCCAGAGAAGAAAGCGGAACACCUCCCAUCGUGCAGUGCAUUCGCGCAGGACUGGUCUUCAAAGUAAAAGAGUACAUUGAUUCAACAGUAGUUGAAGACCGCGAAACGUUCCUCGCAAAUAAAGCUAUGGAUAGGUUCAAAAAUAUUCCAGGCUUUCAUUUAUUGGGAAGCUACUUCCUACAGCGAGUGCCAGUGUUCUCGUUCCUCGUAUUCCACGAACACUCGGGUCUAUACUUGCACCACAACUUCAUUACACAAAUUUUAAACGAUCUUUUUGGUCUACAGUGUCGUAGUGGGUGCGCAUGUGCCGGACCUUACGCCAUUGACCUGCUGGGAAUGGACGAGGAGGUGGAGGAGAGAUUCGUGAAAGCGUUCGACAAAGACACUUCCAAAGUCGAAUCCAUCAAACCUGGAUUCUGUCGAUUCAGCUUGGCCUUCUACAGCUCAGACCAGGAAAGUGACUUCAUUCUUGAUGUCGUGGAAUUUGCAUGCAAAUUCGGAAUUUACCUGCUGCCAUUCUACCACUUAGAUGUUAAGAGCGGAGUCUGGAGUCAUGUACAGUCAAACAAACAUGUGCAGAAAUUCCGUCACUUGGACGAGUUUAGAUGUACACACAACCUAAGUGAUGAGCUAGAACACCCUUCACUGAGCUCGAAACAAUUCAGUCGUUUAAAGUUCAAAACAUACAACAGAUACCUCCAAGAGGCACGGCAACUAGUGGACAAAAUAAUCAGCGGAGAAGAGACGCUACCGACGAGAAGCAACAAUGUCCAAUUAGGAGGUGGAUACGAUGAACCCAUUUCGUGGUUCAUGACCCAAAAAGAAGCCUUGAAAUGGGUGACUAGUCCAACAAUGGCCAAAAUGCAGAGCAGCGGCCUCUACCCAUUAUUCCGUGUCACUACAUUUUUAGACCCGACAGCAGGGAGGAAAGAAAAACGAGGAAGCCCCAAAAUACACAAUAUCGAGGGAAAAAAGAUACUCCCACGCCGUCCGAUCAAUUUCCAAACUAUCGAAGAUGAACACAAGUCAUCGGCAGCCAAUAACAGUUCAUCUGACAAUUGUACCAUCUGCACUCCUUCAAACGAGCACGCAGAGUCCAAAAUCAGUUCCUCAAAAAGUGACAGUGUCGAUAGCCGAAAAGGCAUUGUGAAGACUCACACUCUACGCCAGAGACAAGAUCUCUCAAAACAGAAACUGGUGAUUGAAGCAUCCCAAGCCGGCAGCACAACCAUCAACAUCAACAUAUCAACAUUGACUGCAGAUAGGUCUGACCACGUCCUCAGACGCAAAUACGGGGAAUCGAAACCCAGAACUGGACUGCCUUUCUCAAGGCACCUUAUAAGCGACUUGAAAACAAUGUCUGUCUCCAAACCGGAGAAAUAUCGCGAACAUCUAAUUUAGAUUCAACAGCAUAGAAGGGUCCAUCCCUUUGUUAUAGUAUUUUUUGCUCAUUUUAUUUUGAUUGUUAGCAACACCAAAUCAAACAGUUUUUUUUAUCUAUUAGUUUUUGUGGUAUUUCAAGAAAUUUUGCGGUCCUUUUGUCUAUAUGAUCUUAGUUUUAAAAAGUAGACAAAUAAAUUUUGCUCAUGGCACCCGACAGGCUGAUGCCUUUUUGGUAUUCUCCCAAGCCGAACUUAAUUGUAAACGUACAUUUUCAUAGAAUGUAUGGUUAUAAGUUUUGGCUUGAAAAUAAAAGUAUUAUUAUUAUAGCACUGGCAGAACUCUUAUGGCAAUUAGUCAAAUACAGGCUC